GAAGGCAGCAAAAGUUCGAAAAGUAUGGCGGCGGAGUGUUUGACAACUAUAACAGAGCAAUGGAUACGGGAGAGAUUACAAUUAAAACAUCCCUGUCUCGGUGAUGUCCGCUCACUGAGCCUCCCGGGGACGUAUGAGGAGAAGAUUAAACAUCUGGGAAAUGCACUUAAUAACUUUGUCCGUCUGAAGUCUCUGGAUCUCUCCUGCAAUGCGCUUGUCUCCGUUGAAGGGGUUCAACAUUUGCAAAAGCUGGAGAGGUUGAUCCUGUACUAUAACUGCAUACCCUCCCUUGAAGAGCUAAAAGUGCUGUAUGAGUUGCCAGCUUUGAGAGAGCUGGACCUCAGGCUCAACCCUCUGACCAAAAGUUACCCACAAUACCGCCUUUGUCUGGUGCAUGCCAUGCCUAACCUACGCAAGUUAGAUGGCUGUCAAGUCAGAGACACUGAGCGCAAAGCUGCCAUAAUGCAGUUCUCCUCUGACCUUCUACCUAAGCAGAAGAGCGCAUCUUUGAAUCAGGUUGCUGACAAAAGAAGCAGCGCUCAGAGACUGGCUUUAGUGGACCGCUUAACCAGGAGGCUCUCUCUUCGGACUGACACUGAUGACAUUGUGUUGAAUUUUGUUGCCACAAGUCAUGGAGGCCAAAGUGAGUCAAAGUCGGAGACAGUUCACAAGGAGGCAGAAGAGCCCAAAGAGGACAAAUCAAAAGAUUUUUCAGAACAGAGGAGUUCUACUCCAAAACAGGAAACAGCAAAGUCCAUCCUCAGGUAUCCUUCCACAAAUUAUGAUAACACAGAGUCCAAAGUGCCACACGUGAGAGAACCAUCUCAUAAAAGAAGCUGUACCUCAUUUAAAGUUACAGAAAGACCAAAGGUGUCCUUUGGCCCCUAUGUAGAGAAACACAGAUCUGUGCCUGGAAAACAAAAGCAAAAGGAGUUCCCCAAACAAACCAGACAUGCAGCCAGAGGACAUUAUACCCCCCAUCCUGAUCAAAGUCAUAGCCAUUCAUUAGUUAAUAUCCGGCCUCCCAGUCCACGUCGUCCUGGUUUGAAUUUGUCAGACCCCUCCAACCCCAUCCUACAUCCUCCCAGACUGACCUAUUCUAGCUUCAACAAGACAGAAAGGGGCUCCAGCCUGCAGCAGCAAGGGGAAAAGAAAAAAAGGGGUAGUUAUAGGAAACCUCUGGAGAUGCUCCUCAACCUCGUGGACAAACACUGGACUGGGGAGAGAUCACUGCAUCAUAACAACAACUUCCUGUCUCAGGCGGUCCAGAUCCUGUCUAUGAUGGAAAAUGAUAUUUCCAGUCGAGAGGCUGAGGUCAGGACCUUAAGACAGGAAACUGAUGCACUGAACUUUGAAACGGCUGUACGAGAGGAAGCACACAAGACUGAAGUCCGUAACCUCUCUGCUCAGCUGGAGGAGGCUUGCAGUGCAGUUGGCAAACUGAACGAGCAGUUGAGGACUGUCUUGGAGGAAAAUGUUGCUCUACAGAGACAGCUCAUCAAGUUAGAACGUCAGUAUCUCAAGUCUAUGAUGAAAAGUUCACCCAUUACUCAGAUUAAAGAGGCUCAGACAGAAGUGGAGGAGCUGAGAAAAGAGAUCGAGGGGUUGAGGGAGAAAGUCAAGGAGGCUGAGAAAGUCAAGGAUUUGACAAAUAUGCUUCAAGAAAGCCACAGGUCCCUGGUGGCUACCAACGAGUGUUUGCUCGCUGAGCUGAAGGGAAGUGGGGAAUUUUAAAGAGGAAUUUGAAUGAGAAGAUACACACUGGGAUGAAAAUAUCAAAGCAAGGCUGUGCUGAGUGUCAUAUUAGCAUUGCAGUCGCCGCACAAGGCCCAGCAGCUACAGACUGUUUUGAACCGUUUUUACUUUGCAUCACUGCAGUAUACAUUUAAUUUUUGUGUAUAUUAAGUUCCUACCCCUUUUGAAAAAUGUGUUUAUUAUUUAAAAUAAAUCUGUAUAGGCUGCGUUUGCUGGAUGUAAACAGUGGCAAGGAAAGGCAAUUCAUUCAAGGAAGUUUGUGUAUAUGUGUGUGACAGGGCUGUUAUGUUAAAUGAUUUUAAGAGGAAAAAAUGUUAGUGAGAAGGUCAUAAUGUAUUUCCUGGAUCAGUGGCAAGAUUGUGUCUCUGUUCACUGCUCUCCCCCCGUUUUUUUUUUUUGUUUGUUUUUUUUUUAGGUCAUUUGUGUCUCCAUCUGCUUUGUACACUGCAGUGGAAUGAAUGCAUCCAGAUUCCAGCUGCACUGUGACUUUAUUUAUACCUCUGCCUUCGGGCUGGAGAGCUACACAUACACACACGCACUUUCCUCUCACAACAACUAAUGCAAGACCUGGCAAAGGUUAGGAUGUGGAUGCUACUGCAUAAACUGAAAGUAGCUUUUUGUUUUUAUGUGAACGUUACAGGUCACUGGUCGGUGCUGCUGCUGCUGCUGCUGCUGGUGGGGAGUUUUAGUGUUCCCAAAAAAAGCCAUAAGGACAUAAAAUAUUUGACUGACACCCUGUAACCUGCCGAACAGAGGUUCUGGGGUGUGCUUUUUUUAUUUUCAGUAAUGCACUACAAAUCAUGAACACACAUUAAGAGGUCUAAAGAACAAGAACGAAAACACACUGCAUGCACUGGGGCACAAUAGUACAUUAAAAGUUAUUUGAAAAUGCACUGUAAUAAAAUAAGACAACAUUGUUCCUCCACAUUAAAGGUGCACAGUAUUUGGCAUUAAGCACAGAAAACAGAUCUACUGCAGCAGACAAAAACUAACACACCGAUAGCUGCUAGUUUUGCACUUGAUGCACGAUUCUUCAUCAGCUGAGGCUACAGGUAGUGUGUGACACAAACACUGUCACUAUGUUGGAAAAAUAUUCUACAAAAGUAUAUCACGUGCUCGCAGAUUUCCCUUUUACCUCACACGGUAUGUAAGGAUACAACAGUGAAACUCUGCUUUUGUCUUCAGUUGAAUUUGUGCCUUGGAUAACAGUACCACACAUAAAAGGUACUCUGAAUCUUUACCAACAGACAAAUAUAAUAGCAUUGGAGUAUAGCUGACUUUGUACGUACAAGUUGAUACAUAUUGAUUUCAAGCAAGACGAGAUUUUAUCAU